AUGGAGAUGCAGAUGAUACACAAAUGGAUUGUAAGCUCUUGUGGUGUGACCAUGGUGGUGGUUAUGGCAUGGACUUUGUUAAAGUGGGUGUGGGUGCAACCAAGGUGGCUCCAGAGGCACCUAAGGCUCCAAGGGAUCAACGGCACCUCUUACAAGUUCUUUUUUGGGGAUACAAAAGAGAUGAAAGAAAUGACUAAAGAAGCCAACAAAAACCUCAUUAAUAUCCAUGAUGAUAUCAUUCCAAGACUCUUGCCCUUUGUUUUUAGAACCAGCAAAACCUAUGGUAAUAUUUUCUUUGCAUGGUAUGGGCCAAAACCAAUGGUUCAUGUUCUUGAUCCUGCUCUUGCCAAAGAUAUACUCUCUAGAAUCAAUGAUUUCCAAAAACUAAGGAAAAGUAAUCCCUAUAUCAAGAUACUAUCUCAAGGAUUAAUCGAUUACGACGGAGAUAAAUGGUUCAAACAUAGAAAGAUUAUCAAUCCCGCAUUCCACACUCGCAAGUUGAAGUAUAUGGUGCCCGCUAUUCAUGUGAGUUGUAGCGAGAUGUUGGGAAAAUGGCAAAAAAAGUUAGCAGCAUGUGAGCGUUCGUGCGAGCUUGAUGUUUUUCCGUAUCUUCAAACACUUGCUAGCGAUAUAAUCUCGCGCACCGCUUUUGGUAGUAAUUAUGAAGAGGGAAGACGGAUAUUUGAUCUACAAAAAGAACUGAUUUUAUUGUUAAUGCCAAUCAUACAAUCCGUAUAUAUCCCGGGUUCGAGAUUUUUGCCAACCAAAAAGAACAAAAGGGUAAAAGAGAUAGACAGCCAUGUGAAGGCUUCAAUAAGAGGUAUUAUCAGUAAAAGACUAAUGGCCAUGGAAGAUGGUGAAGGCAGCCAUGAUGACUUAUUAGGCAUAUUAUUGGAGUCCAACCAGCAGGAGAUUGACCAACAAAUGAGCAUUGAAGAUGUGAUAGAAGAAUGCAAACUCUUCUACUUUGCAGGCCAAGAAACCACCUCUACUUUGCUUGUAUGGUCCAUCAUCUUACUAAGCCAACAUCCAUCUUGGCAAUCACAAGCAAGAGAUGAAGUUUUUCUCGUCUUCGGCCGUAAGAAACCCGAUAUUCAUGGACUGAAUCGUCUCAAAAUCGUUACCAUGAUUUUGCAGGAAGUUCUAAGGUUAUAUCCUGCAGUUCCAGCACUGUACCGAUUGACUCAUGAAAAAACCAAGUUAGGAGAUAUGAGUCUACCAAGUGGCACCGCAAUCAUGGUUCCCGUGGUGGUGUUGCACCGUGACUCGGAGAUAUGGGGCAGCGAUGCAAACGAGUUCAAGCCCGAAAGGUUCGUUGAUGGCAUUUCGAAGGCAGCAAAAGUACCUUCAUCAUAUUUUCCAUUUGGUUGGGGACCUCGUAUAUGCAUCGGCCAACAUUUCGCUAUGAUGGAAACCAAAAUAGCGUUGACUAUGAUUCUACAACACUUCUCUUUUGAGCUUUCGCCAUCCUACGCUCAUGCUCCUCGAUCAGUUAUUACUCUCCAACCUCAACAUGGAGCUCACCUUAUUAUAAACCACGUUGAUUGUUGAACAUUUGUCUUCUAUCGCCCUUUUUCAGGCUGGACGUAGGUCUACCUUCUCGUUCGAACUUUUUUCUGCAUUUCUACGACUCAACUUGUGCAAAUGCGUAGGCAAAUAUGAAUAAGAAACAAUGACUAGAACAUAGCCUCUCUAUGAGAUU